GCUGCUGACAGAAGCAUGCAGAUAAAAAGGGCAGCGGGGAGACUGCAAUAGCAUCACGGCAGCACACAGCAUCCAGGGAACAUACUACGAUCAAACCUCACCAGUGUCCACUCUUCCUGCUACUCCAAACAAGACACCAAACAGACACGAUGAAAGUGGCAUUUGUAUUUGUUCUGCUCUUUGCUGCGGUUCUCUGCCGACCAGCAAAAAAAUAUUCUGACAGUUCGGCGGAGAGUUCUGAAGAAGUGGUCAGACGAUCUGGAGCGUCACUCUUCAGGAAAAAGAUGGCCCAAUUGACUCGCUUCCAUGUGUCACCAUUCAGGUUGUUCCAGAAUUUUUUAGCACCUGUUGCUAUGGGUUCAGAUGAGAGCACAGAUGGUUCUAAGGAGGCAGCAGUCGAGAGUCCAGCUUUAAUCAACUUUGAAACUACAGAUGAUGCUGCAACAGACACACCCUCCGUUGACCACCAAGAUGAACCAAGUAAAGACGGUGAUGAUGAUGACAAUGACGACGAUGAUGAUGAUGAUGAUGAUGAAGAGGAAUCAGAGGAGAGUGAAAGUGAAGAGGAAGACGAAGAAGAGAGCUCAGAGUCGGGGGAGUCUUCCACUGUUGCUCCCGAGACAGUAACCCCUGUAAUUGUGACCGAGGAGCCCCUGUUGCCCACCAUUGUCACAGACACAGAUUCGGGCCGCGGUGACAGCAUGGGAAGAUACCCCAGCGAGUACAAGAGCUAUGUCUACGCGGAGGAGAAGACCUACCACAAGGCUCCUUCAUCUUACAAGUCCUAUGAAUAUGUUGACACAGGCAAAAAAUCAGGCUAUGACAUGCCCAUUGGCAAUGAGGUGGAGAAGUCACCAGAGGUGUACAACAAUGAGAUUUACCAGGAGCACUCUGACGUACUGGAGGAGGACAGCAGCACUCCUGAGAACCAGGAAGUUCUUCCAGUAGAGGAGGAGGAGAACGAUGGCACAAACGAUAGCGGAAGCUCCACAGAUGUGGAGGAAGAAGAAGAGUCUGAACACGAGCAGAGCAGCGAGGAGGCUACAUCCACACCCGGGGCUGCUGACAGCGAUUCUGACGAGAGUGACAGCAUGGAAAGUGACUCAGAUGAGCAGGAGAUGAGCCCCGAAACCACUGACAUGCCCGCGGUCAUCACUGCCAAAACACCAUUGCUUCCGGUCACAUCUCCAGCAGUUGUGGUCGUCCCUGGCUCAUUUGAGCUUGAGGUGUCGGGUUUGGGUGUUGGGGUGUUUCUGUCUUCUGCGGUCUUCAUGUUGGGAUCUGUGACAGGAACCUCCUUAGAGGAUUCCUCAGAGAACUCCUCGGAAGACUCUUCAGAUGAUUCCAUGGAAGACUCCUCAGAUGAUUCCAUGGAAGACUCCUCAGAAGAUUCCUCGAAAGAUUCCUCAGAGGAAGGCUCAGUGGAUCCCUCAGAAGAUUUGUUCGGUGUCUCCUCAGAGGAUUCUUCAGAUGACUCCUCAGAGGAUUCUUCAGAUGACUCCUCAGAGGAUUCUUCAGAUGACUCCUCAGGGGAUUCUUCAGAUGACUCCUCAGGGGAUUCUUCAGAUGACUCCUUAGAAGAUUCCUCGGAAGAUUCCUCAGAGGAUUCUUCAGAUGACUCCUCAGAGGAUUCUUCAGAUGACUCCUCAGGGGAUUCUUCAGAUGACUCCUCAGGGGAUUCUUCAGAUGACUCCUUAGAAGAUUCCUCGGAAGAUUCCUCAGAGGAAGGCUCAGUGGAUCCCUCAGAAGAUUUGUUCGGUGUCUCCUCAGAGGAUUCUUCAGAUGACUCCUCAGAGGAUUCUCCAGAUGACUCCUCAGAGGAUUCUUCAGAUGACUCCUCAGGGGAUUCUUCAGAUGACUCCUCAGAAGAUUCCUCGGAAGAUUCCUCAGCGGAAGGCUCAGUGGAUCCGUCAGAAGAUUUGUUCGGUGUCUCCUCAGAGGAUUCUUCAGAUGACUCCUCAGAGGAUUCUUCAGAUGACUCCUCAGAGGAUUCUUCAGAUGACUCCUCACGGGAUUCUUCAGAUGACUCCUCUAAAAAUUGUGGCUGUGGCAUCUUGGACGACACCUCAAUGGAUUUCUCGGACGACUCACUGUCGGAUGCGACUCUAGACUCUAAUGAGUCACGUGACUGAGCUGACUCGGAAGAAGAACUCAAGUUGUCCAUAGCCAGUAAUUCUUGUUUGUGAUUAUUUUCAGGAAUCUCAGCAUCCUGAUGCCAGUUCUCAUCAA